AUGGCGGCUCGUUUGGAUGACAGUGUCCAGGUAUCUGCUGGUGUUUCUCGUCGUUCCAAUGAGAAGAUGAGCCGCGGGUCAGUUUCAUUUCAACCUAAACCAUCAGUGUACUCUGUAUCUGGGAGCGGAUCAGAAUACUACUAUACUGGUGAUACUCGUAAAGAAGUUGAUGAGUAUGAGACUGUGUUUAUGUACACCUGGUGGCUCUGGCUGACUGAAGACAAUAAAGCAAGACAGUGCUUCCGCGUACUCUCUCUCGCUAAUCUGAUCCUAUUGCUACUGUCCCUACCAUUUUAUGAUGUGUCUGAUAGCAAUAACUUUAAUAAACUGAGAAUACAGUUCAUAGUUAUAUCAGUACUGGAUAUGAUACUCUCCUUAUUAUGUACCUUUCAUUUGAUUGUUAGGGGACGGUACUUUAUAUACAGACACGUUAAAAUUGAUGAGGAGACUAAUGAGAGUCACUUCAAUUACACUGAAUUGAUUCGUUUGUUAACUUUAGUGGGAGUGUCCAUCUCUUUGUGGUAUUCAGUUGGAAUUGGGGUCUAUAGAUCCAUAUACAUUGAUAUAUCCUGGUAUUGGUACAUUGCUAUGUUACCACGUGCUUUCCUCUCAGUCACCUCAUCAAUUAAACUCUUCAUACCAUCAAAUGUUGAGUCAUCAGUAUUACAAAAAGUGUCAACUAUCAUUAAGUGGAAGCAGCUCUGUAUGGUGACAUUGUUUUACUUCAUCUUUGUUUUUAUUUUUGCACUUUUGGGAGUCCACAUAAUUGGAGGACUGGACUACAUAUGUGUCUACAACAAUAGUGUACCAGCUAUUCCUAUCAGACAUUGUGAUAUCAAUAAUCCUUCGGGACAGGAACUGUGUAAUAAUGAUUCUGACUAUCUGAUAACUUGCGAGAGAUUCUCACCUAAUCCUGACUCCAAUGAGCCAAUAUUCAUUAACUACAGGACAUUUGUGUAUUACGGACAAUUUAGAACAAUACUUGAUGGUCUGUAUGCUGUGUAUGAAGCCUCUACUCUUGAGUUGUGGAGUUUCAUGAUGUUAGCUGCUUUUGAUGCUAGGGACUUUGUCAUAGUCGCCAUUUACUACACUUUAUUGAUAUUAUUCCUUGUCAUCAUACUACAGCAAAGUAUAUUUCUGGUGGUGAUCAUUGAAUCAUUUGCUGACCUGAGGAGUAAUACACAAUCACAACAACAAAUUAACAUGAAACAAACAAAAACAAGACCUUCUGUGGUCCUGUCACUAGAUAGUGGCUCCUCAGUGUUACGUUUAAAGUCAACAGAUACAAACAGUCCAAAGGAUUUUAUUGUUAAAUAUGGAAAGAAGCUGAUCAUUAUGGAGAAAUUCUUUCUCUUCCUGGUAUUUGCUGAUGCCAUAGUCACCAGUUUAAAAACAGCCGAAUAUUCUCAAAGUAAUAAAGAACAAUGGAGGCUGGCACUACAGAUAUGGCAGGUGACUGUCAGUCUAGCAUUCCUCCUUGAAGUGAUCAUAUUGUUCCUAUUCUAUCUUUACCACGGACAGUAUAAGCUAUUCUUCAAGAGGCCAUAUUACAUUUGUCUGAUAAUACUAUCCAUUGGAGGAUUAGUGGCCUCCAUUCCUAGCAGAUACACAUAUGAUCCACUGUAUCCUUCAAACGGUCUCAUUUUAUUUCAAUCCUUGAGGUUCCCUCGUUUGAUAAGAGUCUCACGGUAUUUGAAGGACUUCUUCAAUAAGUUGCUAGGGAACGCUCGUAUACCGAUACUCAUUGCUGUGACUGCUGCUAUGAUAGUCUUCAUAUCAAUUGUUAAUUGUCAGAUAUUCACUUAUAAGGAUACUGAGUGUCCUAACGUGGGAACAGAGCAUUACUCUAACUUCAUUGCUGGUUUAAGUUCAACGUUCCAACUGGUAAUGAAUGAAGCAUGGACUGAUAUUACUAGUGAGCUGAUGUGUGGUAUCAAAUUCCGGUGGAUCAUUUCUAAUCUAUACUUUAUCAUCAUUCACCUUUUCUCAUCUCUUAUAUUUCUUAACUUUUUUGGUGCAGUCAUUUUGGAUAAUUUGGAAUAUUCGGAGGAAGAGAAACAGUCAAAACUAGAAGACAUCAAAAGAAAAGAAGACAAGUCAAAUACUGUUCCUUUUCACUUGAGGAUUUUUAAGAAGUUGAAUAAUCAACCCAAAAGGUUACGUCCUCCUGGUAAAGGAUUACCUGAUCCUAAUUUAGAUGAGGUUGAUGUUCGACGGUUUUUUGAGUCGGCUAGUCAAAAUGUCAUUGUGCCUGAUCCUGGUUUCCAUGACGACACUCCACCCAUCCCCUCUGUUAGAGAGACUAACAAUGGAAGGACUCAAGUCAGACAGUAUUCCUUGGUUAGUAAUCUUGAUGAAGAUGAUUAUGCUAGUUAUACACACACUAUUGAGAAGAAAUAUCAGACCAUAGACUCACUAUUAAAGUUUGUAAAGUUCUGGCGUAGACGAGUAGAAGCUAAUGAUGUCUCCAGUAGUGAGAGAAGAUACCAGUUACCUGAUCUGUUUGGGGACAACAAGAAACAGAACAACCGAAUCAACAAUAAUAACAAUAGGAGGAGUGAGUAUGAUGUGUACAGUGAGAGGCACAGGUUCUUUGAUAUGGCAUUAUUCUGUAUGUCACCAGAACACAAGCUGAGAAGAAUAUGCACCUUAAUACUGACUGCACAAGCAAUUACUCCUAAGUAUGAGUUAUUGGAGGGGAGGAGUCUCUGGGAUUUGUUUAAGUCAAGGAUCAGUUUUGGGAUGAGGUUAGUGUUGAGUCAGAUGCCUUACUCCACAUGGGUAAUGUUCAUUGUACUGUGGGCCACUGUUGCUGUACAAUUCUCUGAGUCAAUUCACUUCCUAAUGGUCAAAGAAUACUACAAUUACAUACUGCCAAUGGAGUGUAUAUAUGUACUGGUAAUGUUCUCAUGGCUGGUGUGUAGAGUAUUAUCUAAAGGUUUAUUUAUUAAUCCUCAUCCAGCAAUAGGCAGUAUAUGGGACAUAUUGGACUGGAUAUUCCUUAUUGACAGUCUAUUAUUAUUAGUACUAGUGCCAGUAUGGGGCACCGAGUACAUGAACUCUGAUGCUACAAUACAGUUCAAUAGCUACACAGAUCUCAGCACUUGGGUAUCAGUAAUGAUGGGAAUAAGAGCACUGAGGCCUCUUCAUAUUGUAUCACUCUUCAGGUCACUGAGGGCAGUCAUUAGGGAGAUACUGGAGGGUUGGAAGAACCUACUCAUAGCAGCUGUCAUAAUGUUUGGAUUUAUGUUCAUGGUCGCUAGUCUUGGAGUACAGUUGUUUGCUGGUACUGAUGAGAAUCCAUUGGCCUAUUGCAAUGACCCAGUAAUGAAGACUAGAUCUAGUUGUGUUGGUGAGUUCUACAUAUCAGUGAGGAGAUCAAGAGAAUUCCUACAGUUACCAAAUGUUACUGGAACAAACUCAAUACUAGUACCAAGAGUCUGGUUCCCUUAUUCUCGUGAUUAUCCAUUCAAUAAUGUACUGACCACACUAAUAACAUUGUUUGAACUAUUGACUCUAGAGGGAUGGACUGAAGUGAAUAAUUUAUUUCAAGACAAAAAUGAAAGAUCAGGCUGGUACAUGAGUUUCUAUAUCCACAUAUACAUAUUCCUGGCCGUUAACUUGGGGCUGCAGUUGUUCCUGGGAGUAGUUGUCAAUAAUUUCAAUGAGCACAAGCCUGGACACAGGUUCCUACUCUCAGUGGAUCAGAACAGGUGGAUUGAACUAAUGCAAAGGAUUUCUCUACAAAGACCUUACAAACUGCCUCAUGAACCAAGGGAGAACAUGUUAAGAUUGAGAUUGUAUAAUUUCGUGUCUCACAGUCAUUACAGGAUAAUACCUUCAGUAUUCACCAUACUGGCAGCACUAACACUAGUACUACCGUGGAAUGGAUCAGACUAUGUUAGUACACUGGUUGGUCUUAAUCUUGUUUUUAAUUUUUAUGCAAUUUUUGAGGUUGUUAUUAAAUUGCUGGCAUUCGGCCCAACAUACUUUCGUAGUUGGCGUAAUUUAUUUGACUUAUUUUUGGUCGGAGCUACAAUCAUUUAUUAUAUAUUUGUCACUGUGUACUUCACUGGUUUCAUUAAAGAUGUGACACUGUCCUACAUUGCACUCGCCAUUGCUGUAUUGAAAUUUAUCGCCAUUUUAUUAAAAUAUUCUGCAAUGUUGAACCUCUUAAUAACAGUAGUCACUACUAUUCUCCGUACCAUACCACUGACACAGAUAUUAGGGAUAUUAAUAAUAUGUUAUUGUUGUGUUGGUAUCAUUCUCUUUGGUGACUUGAGGAAAGGAGAAAUGCUCAGCUACACUUGGAUUAGUUUUGCUGGUACAGGACAGAGUUUGACAGCUAUAACAAGGUGUCUGACUGGAGAGGAUUGGUAUCAAAUACUGUGGGACGUUGCUUUGAAGGAGCCUUAUGGUAUGAGUGAUGAUUCCAAGUUUUUGUCAAUAUUCACAGCAGUAGUAUACUUUGGAUCAUUCAUUGUCAUUGUACCUUUUAUAUUAUUAAAUGUAUUCAUUGCUGUGUUACUUGAGAAUUUCUCAAUAUUUUAUAACGAUGAUGAUACUAAUCUCAGCCUAGCUGUCAUCAAGGACUUUAAAAAGAAAUGGCGGCAUUUUGACCCACAAGCUAAAGGUCAUGUUAAAUUGAGCAGGAUUAAGUUGUUACUGAGAUCCCUUGAAGUUCAAGAUUAUUACACUUACAAUAUCGGAGAUGACAGUCAAGUCAUAGGACGCUACCCUUAUAACCUGACGGAGGACUCACUGUUGCUAUGGGAAAUGGAGGAGGAGCUUCGUCGUGAAGUCUCUCAGUCCGUCAAAAAGGCCACACCCGAGGAUGACGUCAUCAUUUCAUUUCAAGACGUCUUAAAGAUGCUGGCGUAUCGCUGUGAGGUCAUUCAUUCAAGACUUGAGUCUCAUGAAUUAGUCACAAGACAAGAACUGGAGACCACAAUACAAAUUGACGUUGCUGAAAUGUGUAUCUUAAAGUGGCUCAAGAAACAUGUUAAACCAAUUGUAGAGGAAAACAGACGUCAAGCUCCUCUGGAGAAUAUCCCAACUAUAAAUCAACCCAGAGAGUCAACUGCUCAUAAUAAACAAUACCAAUUAUUUGCUAUUCAUAACAUGCAGUCACAGCUAUUGAGUCAAGAUGGUCCAUGGCCAAGACAGGCCUCAAUGGAUACUGAGGAUGAGGAGAGACUCACUUCAACUGAACAAUACAAACACUUUAAUGAAACUGUGUCUUUAGGUAUUGAAGAUGACUCUGAAUCUGAUACUGAUGAAGCAUUGGCACGUACUUAUACUAAAAUGAUGUCAAACAGAAACCCAGAGCUAGAGAAAGGCAGAGAGGAUGCUAGUCAGUGGCUCCAACUGCAGUAUCACUGGAUGGAUCAUGUGGGAAAGGAUCCUAAUUAUUUUGAUGACUGUCUUUAACAAUAAAAUUUUUGAACAAACAUUUUUAAUAAUCAAUAAUGAAUACAUGAAUGUACUUUUUAUUCCUUUUCAGUUAAUUACUGUGUGUACUAAUCAUUGUAUACCAUUUAUAAUAAUAAUAUAUAGGUUUUUGAUUUCAGUUUUUGUUUACUAAUGAAAGACUUCAAUGAA